AUGGCCGCCAUGCUCAGCGCUUCCGCGACGUUCACGACCCGCGCGCGCGUGACGUGCAAACCCCGCGCGGCGCGCACCGCGGUCCGCGCGGCCGCGACGAAGACCCCGGCGGGGGUUAAAUCGAGAUCUUCCGCGUCUUCCGCAGAGUCCGUCGAGUGGAAGGACGCCGCGAAGACGGUCCUCUCCGGCGUCGCGGCGAGCUCGAUCGCGUCGAUCGUGGCCCCGUUCCCCGCCGCGGCGCUGUCGAUCACAGACCCGGUGUUCGGGGACAUCCAGGUCUGGCAGUUCAUCGUCCUCACCGCGGGAUACUGGCUCGGGAUCGAGUACUACCUGGAUAACAAGUACGACGAGAAGGAGCAGUCCCCGGACUCGAUCAUGCCGAAGGUGUCCGCGGCGAAGAAGAACUCGUUCGCGGAGGCGAAGGCGGAGCAGGAGGCGAAGGAGGCGGAGAGCGCGGAGUAA